AUGGCUGCAGUCAAUGCACGGAGCCCCUCUCAUUGUUUACAUUUCGAAACGGUGUGUCCCCUCUGUUUGUCAGGCUGUCACCGAUACAGGACGGACUCUAACCCCGCGGGGGUGACGAGUGUCAUUAAAUGAGUUUGUAAAGAUUCUCCUGGAGGAAGCUCCGAGCCGACCAGGGACGAAGUGGAGCUAGCCCGGUGAGCUAGCUGACCCAGCUCCGUCGUUACUACGUCGCUGCUUCCAGAGAGAUGACAAGUUAGUCUCCAGGAUUCAGCCGCUGUCCAAGCAGCUCGGUUCUCCAGGACAAGCCGAUGUAUGAGGGGGUAUAGCUGCAGGUGAGGCUAGAGGCCGGACAGAGUCUUCACUAGAGGAUCAUCGAAGGGUGCACAAUGUUUAGUAUACCUCAAAUCUCCAAGUCCGAGUUCCUGGACAAAGCCAGGCAGGCCAGGGAGGACAGGAGGGGGCAGAAGGACAAGGAGAAGGCGGCCACCAACAUCCAGGCUCUGGUCAGGAGGUUCCUCUGUCGCUGCAGACUCCAGAAGCAAAUACGGAAAGAGGUUGAUGACUAUUUUCUAGCUUCUGAAACCGGGACGUCGAAGCGAAAUGCACUUUCAAUUUUCAAAAUUUCCCGGAAAUUACUUUUUGUAUAUCGCCUGGAGGAUAAGAUGAGGUUUGAGAAGCUUUGUCGUGCUAUCCUUGCCAGCAUGGAGGUUGAAAAUGAUCCUAAAGUCUGGUAUGUGUCCUUGGCUCUUUCCAAAGACCUCACCAUCCCCUGGAUCAAGCAGGUCAAAGAUGUGCUGUGGACCUGCUGUCAGCUACUGAAAAACUUAAAGCCUGACAUUCUUCAGGACAAUAAACUGGUAACACUGUACCUCGCCAUGCUGGUGACCUUCACGGACACUUCCACCUGGCGGAUAGUCCGAGGAAAGGGAGAAGCUCUCAGACCUGCUUUGAUGAGGAUCUGUGAAAAUAUCAUGGGGCAUCUGAAUCAAAAGGGAUUUUAUUCAAUACUUCAGAUUUUGCUGACCAAUGGCUUAGCUCGUUCUAAACCGUCUCUGUCCAAAGGCACUCUAACAGCUAUCUUCACUUUAUCAUUAAGGCCAGUGAUUGCGGCUCACUUCUCAGAUAACCUGCUGAGAUCAUUCCUCAUCCACAUCAUGUCAGUUCCAGCUGUCGUGACUCACCUCAACGUGCUCACUCCAGAGUGCAUGGUAUCUAUCCAGACGCACGAGCUCCUGCGGAAGUUCAUCUUGUUUCUCAGCCGAGAGGAGCAGUGUUCAGACAUCUGUGUGUGUCUGGAGGGGAGCCACACGCUCUGCUUACUUGGCAACCUAAUUCACUUGGGUUUCCUCAAUGAGAAAGUCCUUGAAGAGGAGGCCGGUCAUUUCGUGAAGGACCUGACUGACAUGUUGUCCUACUGCCAGAGAUAUGUGUCCCAAAAGAAGUCCAACCUCACCCACUGGCACCCCGUCCUGGGCUGGUUCUCACAAACUGUAGAUUACGGCCUGAACGAGUCAAUGCCGCUGGUCACUAGACAGCUUCAGUACCUGUGGGGUGUUGCUGUCAUUCGAACACUCUUUAGUGACGUCCUCUCUAAAAAGCUAGAGAGUCAGGAGCCCACCCCCCCGCCUCCGCAGCCGAGCACAUCACAAAACAAUCUACCAGUUAAAAACCUCUUCAAGCGAGCGUUUCAGAAGUCUGCCUCUGUGAGAAACAUCCUUAAACCAGUCGGAGGGAAGCGAGUCGACUCGGCUGAAGUUCAGAAAGUGUGCAGCAUCUGUGUGCUCUACCAGACGGCUCUGUCUACACUGACACAAAUACGCCUCCAGAUACUCACCGGUCUGACACAUCUGGAUGACCUUUUGCCCAAACUGUGGGCCUUCAUCUGUGAGCUGGGUCCUCAGGGAGGCCUCAAACUCUUCAUGGAGUGUCUGAACAAUGACACCGAAGAGUCCAAGCAGCUCUUAGCUAUGCUCAUGCUGUUCUGUGACUGUUCGCGGCACCUCAUCACAAUUCUGGAUGACAUUGAAGUCUAUGAAGAACAAACAUCUUUCAAGAUCGAGGAACUCAUCACGAUCUCCUCAUUUCUCAACACAUUUGUGUUCAAGAUGGUGUGGGAUGGAAUCUUAGAAAAUGCAAAGGGUGAGAAACUGGAGUUGUUCCACAGUGUUCACGGCUGGCUGAUGGUGCUUUACGAACGAGACUGCAGGCGAAAGUUUACCCCCGAUGACCACUGGCUACGCAAGGACCUAAAGCCCAGCCUGUUGUUCCAAGAGCUGGAGAAGGGAAAGAAAAGAGCCCAGCUGUUACUGCAGUACAUCCCACACGUUGUUCCACAUAAAAACAGAGUGCUGCUGUUCAGGAACAUCGUAACAAAGGAAAAAGAAAGUUUAGGAUUGGUGGAAACAAGCUCCGCUUCUCCACACGUCACCCAUAUUACCAUCCGUCGCUCGCGGAUGUUAGAGGAUGGAUAUGAUCAGCUCCGUCGGCUGCCACCGAAUUCUAUAAAAGGCGUCAUUCGAGUGAAGUUUGUGAAUGACUUGGGAGUGGAUGAGGCUGGUAUCGACCAGGAUGGUGUCUUCAAAGAAUUUCUAGAGGAGAUCAUUAAGAAAGUGUUCAAUCCUGCUCUGAACCUGUUCAAGACAACCAGUGGAAAUGAAAGGCUCUAUCCUUCGCCCACAUCUUACAUCCACGAGAAUCAUUUGCAGCUUUUUGAGUUUGUGGGAAAAAUGCUCGGAAAAGCUGUCUAUGAGGGCAUUGUAGUGGACGUCCCGUUUGCCUCCUUCUUCCUCAGUCAAGUCUUGGGUCACCACCACAGCACUUUCUAUAGCUCCAUUGAUGAGCUUCCUUCUCUGGACUCAGAGUUUUACAAGAACCUCACUUCCAUCAAGCGCUAUGAUGGAGAUGUAGGGGAUCUAGGCCUGACGUUAUCCUACGAUGAGGAUGUCAUGGGGCAGCUUGUUUGUCAUGAGCUGAUACCUGGGGGGAAGUCCAUGAUCGUCACCAAUGAAAACAAGAUCAGCUACAUCCACCUCAUGGCUCACUUCCGGAUGCACACGCAGAUUAAAGAGCAAACUGCGGGUUUCAUUCGGGGCUUCCGCAGCAUCAUCAACCCCGAGUGGCUGCACGUGUUCUCCACGCCUGAGGUUCAGCGCCUUAUCUCGGGAGACAAUGCCGAGAUUGAUCUAGAUGACCUCAAGAAACACACAGUCUAUUACGGAGGAUUUCACAGCAGCCAUCGUGUCAUCAUCUGGCUGUGGGACAUCCUGUCCAGUGACUUCAACUCUGACGAGAGGGCUAUGUUCCUUAAAUUUGUUACCAGCUGUUCAAGGCCUCCUCUUCUAGGUUUUGCCUACCUCAAACCACCUUUCUCCAUCCGUUGUGUGGAGGUUUCAGAUGAUCAGGACACUGGAGACACCCUUGGCAGUGUUCUUAGGGGGUUUUUCACUAUCCGCAAGAAGGAGCCCGGUGGUCGGCUUCCUACUUCGUCAACAUGCUUCAACCUGCUCAAGCUGCCUAACUACAGUAAGAAGAGCAUCCUGCGUGACAAGCUGCGCUAUGCUAUCAGUAUGAAUACAGGCUUUGAGCUGUCCUAACUCAGCUGCAUCGGGACAAUCUGCACAGGAGGCUUGGGUUAAAUGGUGUGUACCACGCAAGAGGCUCGGCUUACCUGGACUGGAGCCUGUCACGUCAAAGGGUCAUCACCUAAACAAAAGGGGACUCAUGAAGGACCCACAAAGUCUCCUUUUGUCUUUUUAGAACUGGACGAGCUCAGCUCUAGUACAGCUCACAUCUAAGGGGAUGGUGUUUCUGCAGCACAAUCCAAUUUUGAGCAUCUCCCCUGCCACUCCAGAAAUUCAAUAUGUUGUAUAUUUAACUUGAUCAAAUCCGGAUAUAUAGUGGCAAGAUCUCUGUUUCUCAGGCUUAACAGAAUCAUUCUCGGAACUAACACUCCCAUUUUAAGUGAACUGGAAAGCAAUACAGAUGCAGUGCAAGCCAUUAGACACGUGGUCGACUCCCUCGAGUGAAACCAAGCGAUGUAUUGUUAAUAUACUUACAUGUUUGGACUCCAUUAUCCAAGCAACCUUAAACUGAUGUAGGAAGAGUCUUAAAAUGUUUUGCGGAACAUAAUGCAUCUUUUGUAAAUGGAAGACAAAUCAAUGUCACGCGUUCAACCUCCAGGAAAGAGGAGGGGCUCACGGCAACCGUGUGUCGAUUACAUUAUGUCCCUUUUCCAAGAAAAUCCCAUCAUUCCAUUCCUCCUCCACCAAAAGACGCUGCAGGCACCUGAGAGGACCGUGGACCCGCUGGUUUGUUCGUCCUUAGUUCUUCGAAAACCAAACAUCUGCCUCAGUUGUGGUGAAGCAGUAAGAGGAUCUCUUGUCACGAAAGAAAAAGCUGAUGCUUGAUUUAGAGGAGAUCUUCUGGAACUGGAAAUAUUUUGUCUUUUUGUCUCUGCUCAGUUGGGCAGAACGCAUCGGAUAAAUGUUUGUGUCACUUGUGUUCUUGACCUACACUCCAAAAAUACGAAGAGUUACGUCAAUCGAAGAUGCUCGUCUUUGUACGUCAUGUAAAGAAGAAGAUUUAUCACUACACCUUUCAAUAAUGCUGAGUGCCUCAUGUUUUGCCCCACCCCCUCCCUUCUCUCGCUGUCAAUUCUGACUGUAUUUCAGCUGUAACCAGUAACCACGUAUAUUGGAAACAAGCCAUAGAAUCAGGGGCUAUGUACCUGGACUUCUUCUCUGCUCCUACUAACAUACGCAGAAACCCAACCACUGUACUUACUACCACUGCAACCACGACAACAUCAACCGAGGAGGGUUCACCACAACGCUUUCCUAUCUCUGUGGACUUUGUAAGCCAUGCUAAAAGAAUUUGAGGUGUAAAAAAAACAACCUCUCAACAUGAUGUCAUGGACUGUUCAUCUACCAAAUGUGACUGCUCGAUGUGAUGCUCCCUUUAGGUGGAAAUCUUGCACACAUGUCUGUUAUUUGUAGCUGUGAGAAAAAGGGACAUGAGGGUGAAUGUUACCUAAUAAGCCUAAAAAUCACUUUACACAGGGUUCAGUUCCAACACUAAGUCAAGGAAGAGACUUUUUGGUUGUUUAAAGACAAUGGCAACUUAAAAAAAUAAUUAAGAAAAUAUCAAAAGUUCUUUAUUAUGCAAAUAACGUUUUCAGUCAUUAAUGAGCAUAAAUCAUUUUUGUCAAUAAGAAACAACCUAUAAAACAUACUCUGUCAUUUUUGCCAUGUUUCUAACAAGUAAGAUUAAGGCCACUAACAAAACAAUAUUAUACAAAAGAUUAUAAUUACAACCAUUACAUAUAUAAAAGCUGGUUCUAUUUAAAAAAAAUUCAGUCUACUUAUGCGAUUAAGCUAUUUUUUAUCCUGACUGAGUCUGGAGGAUCUUACGUCAGCUUUCCUCAUUUUAAUCUGUUCAAGCUAAACAAGUGGAAACACUAUAAAUGGAUUUACGACACUGAGUGGUGUUUUGUAGAAAAGAUAAAAGAUACCUCACAAGCUUGUGUGUCUCGUCUGAUGAGAUCGCUCAUCUGUUUUAAAUGAUGUCAAGAGUAGGCUAUGCUUAAAUUGUACCAGUGUGGACUGCUGAAGCAGAGUUUUGGUCAUCCAACCUUUUUAGUACCAAAAAAAUAAAUGAUCCUGACAUGUCCACACCUUGCCUGUUAAAAGUUUCCAUCUCUUUUUCAGUGUCUUUGAAUCUGGCUGCACUGUAUGAAGUGUGUUGCUGUAAAAGAGAUUUCCAUGUAUUUGUCCAUGAGUAAAAUACCUUUUUUCCCCCUGUAAUGUUAAAUCAUGUACAACAGUAUUAUAUAAAUCAUUUCUUUAAAUCA